AUGUCAACAGCCGCUGGCGAAGCGACUGAUCGGCCUGUGCCUGUAGAGGAUGGUGACUAUGAGUGGGAUUUAGUCACCAUCGGCGUCGGCAGCGGCGGAACCAGGGCUUCGAGAAUCGCCUCGUCGUUUGGCGCCAAGGUGGCCGCUAUCGAGCUGCCGUUCAACCCGAUCAGUUCGGAGACGCAAGGAGGCGUCGGCGGGACGUGUGUGCUGCGAGGGUGCGUUCCCAAGAAGAUCCUCGUGUACGGCUCAGCCUUCAGCUCCGAAUUCGAGGACGCAGCUGGCUUCGGGUGGAGCAUCCCAGGCACGCCCACCUUCAACUGGAAGCACCUCAUUGGCAACAAGACCCGCGAGAUUGAGCGCCUCAACGGCGUGUACAAGCGCAUUCUGAGCAAUGCUAAUGUGACGCUGGUGGAGGGGCGCGGCAAGCUGGCAGGGCCCCACGCGGUGGAGGUGACGGCGCCUGAUGGGACGGUGAAGCAGAUGACCGCCAAGCACAUCCUCAUUGCUGUUGGGGGGCGGCCACAUUUGAUCGACAUCCCUGGCAAGGAGUACGCCAUAACGUCAGACGAGGCGCUCAGCCUGGCGGAGUUCCCCAAGCGCGUGGUCAUUGUGGGCGCAGGCUACAUCGCAGUGGAGUUUGCAGGCAUCUUCCACGGCAUGGGCGCCGAUGUGCACCUCGUGUACCGCCAGCCCACGCCCCUGCGGGGCUUCGAUGAGGAGAUGAGGGGAGUGGUGGCGCAGAACCUGGCCACCAGAGGCAUGAAUCUGCACCCCUCCACCAACCCCACCAAGAUCGAGAAGACAGCAUCGGGCACGUAUGUGCUGCACACGGAUAAGGGAGAAGCUCUUGAAGCGGAUGUGGUCAUGUUCGCCACUGGUCGUGCGCCCAGCACGCACAACCUGGGCCUGGAGAAUGCGGGGGUGGAGACGGAUAGCAUUGGGGCGAUCAAGGUGAGCGCGUGGUCGCAGACAAACGUGCCGAGCGUGUGGGCCGUGGGGGACGUCACCAACCGCAUCAACCUCACGCCUGUGGCCCUCAUGGAGGGGCACUGCUUCGCGCGCACCGUCUUUGGCAACGACCCUGACACGCCCGACUUUGAGAAUGUCGCCUCUGCUGUCUUCUGCCAGCCGCCCCUGGCAGUGGUGGGUCUGACGGAGAAGCAGGCAGUGGAGAACUCAAGCAGCGAUGUUCUCGUGUUCACGUCCUCCUUCAACCCCAUGAAGAACACUAUCUCAGGGCGAGUGGAGAAGACGUACAUGAAGCUGUUGGUGGACUCGGAGACGGACCGGGUGCUCGGUGCCUCCAUGUGCGGCCCUGAUGCCGCUGAGAUCAUGCAGGGACUUGGCAUUGCAAUGAAGUGCAACGUCACCAAGAAGCAGGUUGAUUCCACAGUGGGGAUACACCCAACAGCUGCAGAGGAGUUUGUCACCAUGCGGACACCCUCACGCCGUCUGCCUGGGAUGAAGAAGAAAGAGUAG